AUGUUGAGAGCUAGCGUUAGACGUUUUACUGGGAUUAGAGGGAGCGGUUUAAGAAACGCUUCCACGCUAGCAUUUGUUGAAACUUCGAAAGGUGCAAUUGCACCCGCUUCUUUGAACACAUUAUAUGCAGCCACCAAGUUGGGAAACCCAAUUGACGCUGUUAUUGUUGGGUCCAAUGCAUCAGAAGCUGUAAGCGAACUGCAGAAGUUGGAUGUAGCUUCUUUGAACAAGAUCAUUGUUGUUGCAGAAGAGCGUUUGAACGACUUGUUGCCAGAAAAGUUGACACCCGUGUUCUAUGAGCUAUUGGGGAAGAGCGAGAGUGACUAUUCUCACCUAGUGGUUCCUGCUUCAUCUGCUGGUAAGGGUUUCUUGCCUAGAGUCGGGGCGUUGUUGGAUCUACAGCCUAUUUGCGAAGUGACGCAGAUUUUGAGCCCAACCACGUUUGUGAGACCAAUGUAUGCGGGGAACAUCUUGGCUACUGUUGAGUCGCAACAAAGCAAGAAGUUAAUCUCGGUUAGAUCAUCUGCUUUCCCAGCCGUAGGCUCAGGGUCUAACAAUGCUACUGUUGAAACGAUUUCUUCUGGUUCUGCGACAUCUGUUAACGGACAGGAGAUCCCAGAGGUGCGCGUGGAGGCAUCGAAUUUGGUAACAAGCGAGAGACCUGAAUUGGGUUCUGCCUCUAAGAUUGUUUCCGGUGGUCGUGGUUUGAAGAACAAGGAAACGUUUGAAUCUUUGGUGACUCCAUUGGCAGACACUUUGGGCGCAGCCAUUGGUGCCACUAGAGCAGCUGUGGACGCUGGGUUCUGUGAUAACUCUUUGCAAAUUGGACAAACGGGUAAGAUCGUGGCUCCAGAUUUGUACAUUGCGCUAGGUGUCUCUGGUGCUAUCCAGCAUCUCGCAGGUAUCAAGGAUGCCAAGACUGUUGUAGCCAUCAAUAAAGACCCUGAAGCACCAAUAUUCCAAGUGGCAGAUUACGGUCUAGUCGGAGACUUGAACGAGAUCGUGCCUGAACUAACCAAAAAGCUUAAGCAAUAA